AUGGUCCGCUUAAAACAACGCUACCUCCUCCUCGACAUUCUAUAUCCCGAUCCGUCCUCAUGGCCCAAAUCAAUCCCCGACGACGCAAAUCCGGAAGCAAACAACCACCUCCGCAUCCACUCCCCAACAGCAGAUACACUAUCACCCGGCCUCCUGGCAAAGUUAAUUCGCGAACAAGUCUCAGAGAUUUUCGGAGAUUGGGGCGUCGGUAGACUUGGUGGUUCUAAUGCGGGUGGUGUUAGCGUAAAAUAUCUCUCCCCCGCAACAUCAACAGCUAUAAUCCGCUGCCCACGCGCCUCCUACCGCCUCGUCUGGACAGCCAUCACGCACCUCUCGCAUGUCCCUGAAUACACACCUGGCUCUGGCUACGCUGGGAAACGCGCCGGCGCGAUGAACAGACCGUGCGUGUUUCGCGUGAUCAGGGUCUCCGGGACGAUGAGGAAAGCGGAAGAGGAAGCCAUUAGACGGGGCAGGAGGGAGAUUGCGAGGGUUAGAGGGGUUAAGGAGGGGGUUGUGCUGGGUGGUUUGUUUGGGGCUGGUGAUGCUACUGGGGUUGGGGUAGAAGAUGUUGAUAUGGACGAAGACAAUGCGGAUGAUUCGGAUUGA